AUGGGGUCAAAUGGAACUGACCCGGAUGCUUGUACUUAUUCGAUUUUCAUUCGUGCAUAUUGUGAAGCCAAUGACAUUCAUUCAGUUUUUAGGGUGCUUGACAGGAUGAAGAGAUAUAAUCUUUUGCCUAAUGUGUAUUCUUACAAUUGUAUUAUCAAGAAACUGUGUAAGAAUGACAAGGUGGAAGAGGCUUACCAACUUUUGGAUGAGAUGAUUGAGAGUGGAGUUAUGCCGGAUGCGUGGAGUUACAAUGCAAUCCAAGCUUAUCAUUGUGAUCAUUGCGAGGUUAACAGGGCUCUUAGGUUGUUAUAUAGAAUGAAAAAAGAUAACUGCAAGCCAGAUAGACAUACUUAUAAUAUGGUGCUAAAGUUGUUGAUUAGGAUAGGAAGAUUUGAUCGGGCAACGGAAGUUUGGGAGAGUAUGGGGGAGAUGGGAUUUUAUCCUUCUGUUUCAACAUAUUCUGUAAUGAUCCACGGCUUGUGCAAGAAAAAACAUAAGCUAGAGGAGGCUUGUAAAUACUUUGAGAUAAUGAUCGAUGAAGGUAUACCACCAUACUCUUCUACCGUUGAGAUGUUGAGGAACCGGCUCAGGGGCUUAGGGUUCCUCGAGCAUACUGAGAUACUUGCAAGUAAGAUGGAACAAAGCACUUCUUGUUCAAUACUAGAGAUGGCAAACUUGAUGAGAGGCUGGGUAUUUGGGACUGGCGGGAUCUGCAUGACUCAGUUUCCUGAGUCUGAAGAGAGCUCUCCGGAUGAACUGUCAGGUGUAGUCCCCGCUUCAUGCUACUCUAUUUGUCUAUCUAUAUUGACAUUGGCAUCAUAUGAUUGGAGAAAUCUUGAAAAGAUUAUGGGUUGUUAUCUGAAGGGUUAG